GUUAGAUGAAAGGAAAGUGGGUCAAAGGCAGGUCUACUUGCAGCUGCUGUCUGACUGUCCACCGAUUCAUGUCCGCUCUUGAAAGUCGUAGGCGUAGCUUUAGAAUUUCUGAGAGUAAAGUCUGUUUAUUUGAGGUAGCUAGCUUAUCUUCACGUCAACAGUCAGCCUUCAGCAACGCUCCCUAUUCAGGCAGUUGAGCGAUUUCGCUUCAUGGAACAUUGUCGUUCACUUAAUAAAUAUAUUCUCUGCAGCGGGCAAUGUCGUUGAAGAGGGAACACGAUGGUCGAUGAAGACUUCAAUGCAUGCAAUGAGUAGACAACCGUCACACACAUAAGAGGUGCUGACUGUUCAGGAGAGGGGACGUUAGAAGGCUGUGGAGUCCAUACUGUAUGACAGAAUGAGGAAAUGUAGUCCCUGGACGUUUCUUCCUAUUAUGUUUUCGCUGUUCACAGCAGCUGGUCUGUGGGUUGUGUAUUUCAUAGCAGUGGAGGAUGACAAAAUAAUUCCUCUAAGUUCAGAGUACAAAAGAUCGGGCCAGAAGUCUCCCCCCUACAUAAGCAUUGCAGGCAAUGCACCACCAGCCAGCUGCGUGUUUAGCCAAGUCAUGAACAUGGCAGCAUUUGUGGGAUUCAUUCUUGGUGUGCUGCGAUACCUUCAGCUGAAGCCACGUAUGCACAGGCCUUGGAUGAAUAUUGGCGGUCUCGUAGCCUUAUCUCUGGCCUGCUUUGGAAUGACCUUAGUGGGAAAUUUCCAGCUUACCAAUGAUGAAGAGCUGCACAACGUAGGCACAUCAAUGACCUUUGGACUGGGAACUCUGUUCUGUUGGGUGCAGUCCUUCAUAACAGUGAAGGUGAACUUGCGGAACGAGGGCAGACGGGCAGGUAUCCCUCGUUUCCUCUUGUCUGGAGCGGUCACUAUCUGCAUGCUGCUUUAUUUCAUCCUGAUGGCUCAGGGUCUUCACAUGCACGCUGCCCGGACGCAGUGGGCCCUUGUCAUGUUCUUUCUCACCUUCCUAGCCUCCUUCGCCAUUGAAUUCCGCAACUAUCACUUUGAGAUUAUGUGCACCGACUACCAGGAUCCCCCACUCAGUCUGUCCGAGACCUUCUCUGAGGUGUCAGAGUACCAGUCGGAUCAGUUGUAGGGGCCCCGCUUGGGCCCCAGUGGUUGGGCAGAGCUCAAGAAGAAUCAGAACAAACAAUAACCAUUAUGAUCAACUGAACUCUCCAGAUAAAACAAAUUAAACUGCUUAUAAAGCAGGUUGAAUACAAAAAUCACUUGUGGCAGAAAUGACUGCUGUGUUGGGCUGUCUCAGAUAUCCAGACAGAUGCAUUGAUUAGCUAGGCACCUUAUUUGGGUAUUGCCACGAACUCACAAUGAAACAUCAGAAGCACACCCAUUGGUUGGAUACAAUUCUUUGUUCUUAGUCCCAACGGACAGGCAUGCUGGCCCAUAGCCAAAGUAUUCUAUGAGCAAAAUACUGUAUCCAGCACAAUGUCUCCAAUCAGUGUCUGUAAGCACUACUCUACAUGCAUGUUUGCCUGAGGAAUGUAUUUGGUACUAAGCUUAGAAUGAUUAAUUUUCAUCCAACUCACAGAGCACAGUUUUGAUAGUAGAAGACAUUUAAGGUAAGUCACUACUUUCUCAGUCAACUCAUCAGUUUGUACUGGUAUUUCUGUAAAAAAGAGACCAGAGGCAUGUAGGACUAGGCUGAUUUC